AUGGGCCUCGCCGCGAAUACUCGAUUACGCGCUGUCUCUACGGCGGAUGUGCUUCGUCCGCAAGAUCAUAACAUUGCAUCCCUCGUUCAGAGCCUGGGAUCCCUUGACCGGGGCUCGUAUACAAUACUGCAGGAUAGCCUGGACCAAACUGCGGUUCUCCAACAGCUGCGGCACAUCUUGAAAGAUGACAAUGAAGUCCACGGUGCGAGCAGCGGUUUCAGGCGUGCGGGUGGCUUUCAGGCAUUGCUUCAUCUCCUGCGAUCCUUGGUAGAUGUCUACUCUGUACAAGAAGCCCAGUCGUCUGAUCCAAAGUCUCUUCUCCAGACGUUGGCACAAUGGUUCGCUGUUUUGGGUGCAGCGUUGGAAACUCAUGACGGGAACCAAAAGUAUUUCAGGACCAAGGUCGACGCAGGCGGCUGGCACUCUUUGCUGUGCACACUUGAACAGUUACUGUUUAUCCUGUCGCGUCAAAUUGAGGAAGGGUUGGCCAUUGAGCAGUUCUUUGGGAUCCUCUUUGCGACUGCGGCCGGGACAGAGAUGAUUCACGACAUUUACACUUCGCUAGGAAGGUCCCUGAAACCAGAAGAUGGACAUCUCCUCUCAGAUACAGUCGUCAGUUCCACCCGCGUCGCUGUUGCUAAGGUCGCUUCAAACAUUGACGAAUUGGCGGUACCGGAGUUGCUCACCAUAGUGAUUCAACUCUGGGUCAUGGUUGUCAGGACCGGAAAACUCCCUCAAGGAGUUAUACAGGUUGCACUCCCUCUAAGUGUCACCGCGAUCCUGUCGAUAUCCCGGCGUAACGUUGUCAGCGCCCACACAGCUGGUACCCUCACCGCUAUCCUCAACCUUCUUUUUGAGGACUGUCUGUCAACGGUCGAACGAGCUCUAUUCAGGGAGGCUGCUCUUGUGCUAUGUCAAGAAGGCAUCUCCAGCUUAGAUGAUGCUCACUUCAUGUUCAAACAGGCAAGUGUGACAUCCGACGCAGCGUUAUUCCUCUUGGACGCAAUCAAAUCGGCUCGGCAGCCUCCAAGUAUCCAGUUUGACCUGUCCCAGCAGGGCUAUGCUUCGACCGAGCUGGCCACUCUUGGUAGGCCCUUUCCUCCCACCGACAGCUCUGGCUAUACCUUGAGUCUUUGGGCUAGAUUCGACGCGUUUGAUGAUCAGGUCCACACUACCCUGUUUGGCGCCUUCGAUCGAAGCCAGACAUGCUUUGUGCUAGCAUAUCUUGAGAAAGAUACGCAUCAUCUUAUCCUUCAAACAGCCAUACAGGGAAACAGGCCGAGUGUGAGGUUCAAGUCGGUGGCUUUCGAGCGAGAGCGGUGGUAUCACAUAUCUGUGGUGCACAAGAGGCCCAGGACAAUGUCGUCUUCCAAAGCCUUCCUCUUUGUGAAUGGAGACUUUGCGGAACAGCAGAAAGCCAAUUAUCCAGCCGUGGCUCCGAGUGAUCGAGGAUCAUCUGUCGCUAAAGUCCAGGCAUUCUUUGGAACACCUCAGGAUCUGUCUCCCAACUCAAAUGCAACCACAUGUCUAUCUAAGUGGUCACUGGGGCCUGCGGUGCUGUACCAGGAUGCGCUGAAUGACGACCUGAUCGCUGUUUUCUACCACCUAGGACCGAAGUAUCACGGUAAUUUCCAGGACUGUCUUGGAUCCUUUCAGACCUACCAGGCGUCGGCCGCGCUGAACCUACGUAACGAAAUGCUGCACCCGGGGAAAGAAGAGCAUUCGGAUCUGAUUCUAGCCAUCAGGCAGAAGGCGAGCAAUCUCAUUCGGGAAGACAAGAUUUUGAUCAAUGUGUCGCCUGGAACCGUUCUGGACAAUGACGACCGCAACAACAUCGAUGAGACCCAAUUAGUGAAGUCGCUCUCGAAACUGGCGGCUAAGAACCUGGUUGCCUACACACGUUCGGGAACCAAUGCUGUUGCCAUCAACGGUGCAGUCCCUUCCAUCAACGAUGCAUUGACACAAGCUCGUGGUGUUUUCAUGCUCAUGGGUAAUCCGACCGUGACAGUCCCACAGUCGCUCGAUGAUGCCAGCUGGCGCCUCGGCGGUUGCGGCGCCAUCGGCCUUGGAUUAGUCCAGAGAGCUCGCACCACUGACGAUAUUGCUCUGGCUAUAGAUGUCUUGUUGGAAACCGUACGAUACAGCUGGAGAAACAGCGAGGUAAUGGAAAGAGAUGGUGGAUACGCCAUUCUAGCAAUGCUCUUGAAGGAGAAACUCUCCAGUCCUACACAGACUAAUGGAGAAGGAAAGGCAGGAGCUGCGAUUCCUACCUCUAGACUCGAUAAGAAUGGGUUAAGCCUUCGAGUGUUCAAAUCCAUCUUGUCCUUUACCGGGUAUGACUUCGAAGAGCCGUCGAACUCCGUGAUCAACAAUCCUCUGGCCUACAAAGUUUUGAUAGCGGACAGCAAUAUCUGGAGAUGUGGCUCAAUCUCCGUCCAGGAAAUGUACUUCGAUCAAUUCCUCGUCUUCGCCGAACAGAGCCAACACAAACGUUUCAACCUGAGAAGAUUGUCGAGAAUGAGAGUUCUGAAGCGGCUGCUCGAAGCAUUGAAGUCGGAGCCUGUCGCCAAAGCCAUUAUGCCUAAGUAUAUGGCUGCGUUCAAGGUGCUGUUGCCUCAGUCAUUGUCUGCGGAGACUCUGCGAUCUUUGGCCCUGCUUGUGACUUUCUCCGUGAACAAGCGCAAUGCGGGUUUGCACGCUCGAAAAGCAACACGCAGAGACGUACGACAAAGAUCAUCCAGCGGGUCCUCACAGGCUGGAAAAGAGGAAACAAUAUCGACAUUGUCGCAUUUUGAGAUCGGGGUAGAAGUUCUUCGUCUCUAUUCAGAGCUGUUAUGUCGUCCACAUGCCGAUGGCAUGAUCAAGAAAUUCGCCAAAACAGUCACCAACAAAUGGCUCCUCUAUUUGCUGUCCGAGACAUCUCCAGAAGUUGUGGUGCUUUCGAUGAGAAUACUGGCCAGGCUCCUGGUAGUACACGGCGAUGCAUAUGUCAAAAAGUUCAGGGAUAGCUCGAGAACGUCAGGCUUCACAAUCAUGGCCUACCGCUUGAAGAGAUGGUGGCACCUUCCCGCGUUAUGGCCAGCUUGUUUCGCAAUAUUAUUUGGCCUUGAUGUGGGAAACCUGGACUUGGACAGGAAUUUCGACUUAUUUGGCUUCAUCGAUCUCUUCGCUACUAAGAAAGGGCUUUCUGUUGUCUAUCCCGAAAUCUUCGAGGUCAUCAUGAGCAUGCUACAGAGCGGGCUGAAGACGAUCGUCUCGUCGACGAGACUUCAGACCGCCUCAACUUUAGCACCUCCACUGGAAGACUUGAAUCAACCACCUCAAAGACUUUCGAUGUCGACAAUGGCACCACCGAACCCACUACUAACCAUUGUCACAAGCCAACAUGUAGACACAUUCAAUACGGUCGUCCACUUUCUUGCAGAUCUUCACACAAGGUCGCAAAGCUUCCGGGAUUAUGCUGCAAACUCCUCGUACGUACAGGAUAUUCUUGCGGCCCUCUUUCCUGUGGUAGUUGGUUCGGAUGUUGUUGAGGCGCGGACGGAACUGGACGCACGGGAUGCAAUGCUCACCUUCGAUGGAGGUGACGUCGUCGUUCAUCCACUCUCACUGGCGCCUCCCAUUAUACGGAUGGCUGAUGAAGCGCCGACGGUGGCAACUCGUGGGAAAGCGCUUCGAAGGGGAUCCUCUUUUGUGUUGGUGACAAGGGAGCACGCUCAUCAGAGUAGUGGCGGCUCCAGCACCACCGCGGGGGCCGGUCCGAGCUCUGCUGUUGGAAAGACUCUUGAGCUCAAUGAGGGCCACUCAAUCGUGCAGAGCUUGCUCGAAAUUGUCAUAUCAGUCUUCAUCGACCAGAUCAUUGUUAGGAAAGAAUUUCCAGGCUUGGGUCUCUUUUUGAAGACUCCGCCUGGAUUCGUCGAACAUCAGUCUUACUUUGAAUCAUGGAUUCUGAGGAACACAAUAUCGCAGCUAUCCAACCAGAUCGCAUUGGACCAAACAGUGUUGGUUGAGCCCCGAGUCCUAACCAACCUAGCUCGCUUGUUUAGCCAUAUCGAGGAAGCUCUUUUCGAAGGGUGGUUUAUCAACGGUGCAGAUGCGGUUCUUGAUCUAUCAGCAUCAGUCCUGGAAUAUUUGCAGCGCCCCGAUAUUGCCAAAUUGAAAGGGGUGCGACUUUGUGCGCAAGCAAUCGCGAUCAUUCGUGCAGUUGUCUUUCGGAUCGUCCUUCUUGGCCUAUCUUUGGUUCAGGACAAAGACUCGUUGUUGUUCCUACAAAAGCUCACUUACUGGCAGACCGUCCUCCUUUCCGCCGAGGACACGCAGGCAAACUACUUACAGCUUAUCUGUUACCUGCUCUACGCAAAUCUGGUCUCGUCCACCGACGCUGUCCGGCAGGCCGCAGCAAACUUGUGGCGAAUCAUCCUAGUUCAAAGACCUGAUGAUGCAGCUGCAAUUCUUGGACAGGCUGCAACAACCGAACAGAAGGACCUGACUGCUAGCUUCCAGAAGGUAGUCGAGCUGGACAACGAGACGUUCCUCUACUGGGUAGACGAGCAUCGAACUGAGCUGGACUCCCUAUUCUUUGAUACUCUCUCGAAACAAUGGAACGCCUUUGUUGCCAACGAAAAUAAGAGGACCGAAGAAAGCGGACGGUUGAGGAUAUCACGCCGACGACAAAAACUGAAGCAGUGGGCGAGAGAAGAGGCUGAGCGUGACGACUUGUUUCGACGACACGACAUAGCAUUUGAGAACUGGACGGCGAACAUCUAUUCAUCAGAAUACCUGAAACACCAAAGGUUGCUUCAGGAUCAGCAGGAUGAUCUUGUCUACACUGAGUCUAGUUUCAACCGGAUGCAGAGGGAUACCAGCAGGCCUGGUGGACUCUUCCAGGUUGACAAAGCUCGGAAAUGGCGACUCGAUCAGACGGAAGGGAGAAAUCGGAUGCGCAUGAGACUGCACGAGGACUUCACCAUGGUCGAUGAUGACCAGUCACCAAGACGGAAGGGAUCUGACAUGCCACACCUGCGUCUGGACACUAAAAGUACGAAAUUCUCAUCAGCCGAGUCCAUAGGCGUCACCCCUGGCAGCACGACACCUGUUAUUGACAGCCCUAAGCGCCUAGAUAAUGGCGUUGAGCCGUUCCCUGAUAUCCAGGAGAACGUGGGUGGAGGCCAAGACGGAAAUGAUGAGAACGACGAGCAAAACAAUGAAGGUGUAGAGGUUGAUGACAGCUUCGAGAUGGUAGAGGAUCCAAACGCGGAAUUGGAGGACUUUGAGGACAAGAACAGGAAAGUGAUGCGGAGCUUGCAUCGAGGGGACCAGGUCAAACAUGUCGCCAACAUCUCACGGAUCCUCGGGCUUGAGGCUGUGGAGGGGCUCCUGAUACUGGGCAAAGACUAUAUUUACCUCCUCGACAAUUUCUUCCAGCGCGCUGAUGGGGAAAUUGUCAAUGUGUGGCAAGCACCGCAGGACGAACGCGACCCAUAUGUGCGCAUGAUUUCAGGCCGGGAUGUCACCGACCGCAAGCACGUAUCACGAAACGAUGAGCACGGGACUCGGAGCUGGAAAUGGAUGGACAUUAUCAGUGUCUCCAAGCGACGAUUCCUCUUCCGCGAUGUUUCCAUCGAGAUGUUCUUCAGCGACGGCAGAAGCUACUUAUUGACAGUCAAAUCGCCCGAAGUUCGGAAUGAGUUGCAUAGCCUUAUCAGUGCAAAAGCCCCCUCCCCGGGUGCCCUGAACAGCACGCAGCCGGAAACGGCCUGGCGUUACGAGACAUUGAAGAGCGUUGAUGACGAGCCACAGACGUUUGGUUCGAAAUUUGCCAACGUCUUCGGCCAACAAUCCAGCUCUUUUGCAGCGACUCGAAAGUGGCAGAAAGGAGAAAUGUCGAAUUUCCAUUACCUUAUGCUGAUCAACACGAUGGCCGGGAGGACGUACAAUGACUUGACCCAGUAUCCUGUUUUCCCUUGGGUCAUCGCAGAUUACACCAGCGAGGAGCUUGAUCUCACCGAUCCCAGAAGCUUCCGCGAUCUGUCCAAGCCCAUGGGCUGCCAAACAGCUGAACGAGAAAGAGAGUUUCGCGAACGAUACCACACCUUCGCGGAGAUGGGAGACAACAACACCCCUGCCUUUCAUUACGGCACUCACUACUCGUCGGCCAUGAUUGUAACUUCCUACCUGAUCCGCCUCCAACCGUUUGUCCAAUCGUAUCUUUUGCUGCAGGGUGGCACAUUCGAUCAUCCAGACCGCAUGUUCUUCUCCAUCGCAGGGGCAUGGAAGUCAGCCUCUCGUAUGAACAUGACCGAUGUCCGAGAGCUGACGCCCGAAUUCUACUAUCUUCCGGAAUUCCUGGUCAACGUCAAUAACUUCGACUUUGGCACCAGACAGAACUCGUCUGAAUCGAUCGGGAACGUAGAGCUCCCGCCUUGGGCGAAGGGAGAUCCUCGCAUUUUCAUCGCGAAACAGCGUGAAGCGCUCGAAAGCCCCUAUGUGAGUCGGCACCUGCACCAAUGGAUCGACCUGAUCUUCGGAAGCAAGCAGAAGGGAGAGGCAGCUGUGGAGGCGGUAAACGUAUUUCAUUAUCUUUCAUACCAAGGAGCCAAAGAUGUCGACAAGAUCACCGACCCCCUAGAGCGGCUGGCGACGAUUGGAAUCAUCCACAACUUUGGCCAGACACCAUACCAAAUCUUCGCGAAGCCUCAUCCUGCACGAGAGCAAGUCCGACAUCGAUAUAAACGCCUUGACACUGCUGCAGAGUCUCUGACCCGAGUGCCUUCUACUCUUCUGGAGACCGGGGAGCGAGUAGCCUCGUUGAAUUUCUCGUGGAAAGCGGACAAGUUACUAUGCUCGGGGGCUUUCCGCCUCAACAUUGCUCCCGCAUACGAGAUGUAUAUGGAGUGGGGGUUUUCCGACAACAGUGUCCGAUUUUACUCAACGGAGAGCCGGAAACAGCUUGGACUAUUCGAGCACCUGCACAUUGGACAAUUGUCCUAUGCCAUGUUCACCGAUUCGAGGACGCUGGUGACGGCCGGGACGGACUGCACGGUCGCGGUCUGGUCAGUCAUCGAGGGCGCCAAAUCGGUCGACCUGCAGCCACGAGCGACACUUUUUGGACAUCGCAAACCGGUGACCGUUCUAGCGUUGUCGAGAUCGUUCAACGCCCUGCUUUCAGCAUCGACCGACGGACAGGUGAUGCUCUGGGACCUUAACAGAUGCGAGUUCAUUCGCAAGCUCGAUGACGAACUGUCUGUGAGCUGUGCGGCAAUCAACGAUGUGACUGGCAAUAUCGUGCUCUGUCAUGGGCAUGAAAUCAGCAUAUACACAUUGAACGGGGAUCGACUGUUGCGGCAGGGAUCAGGGGAUCGCUUACAGGAAAGCAUUCUUUCGUGCGCAUGCUAUGAAGGAGCGGGAAGUGAAUGGCUUGAACGAGACCUCGUCUUCACCGGUCAUAAGAGAGGUCAAGUCCGGAUCUGGAGCAAAGUGAUCCGCGACGGACGGUUCGAGUUGGACCUCAUUCGACAGCUGAAUCAUGCGGAUAACAGUCGAGAUGAUGGCGUCAAUGUUAGUGCCGGGAUUAGUUGCAUUCUACCAAUGCCUCAGGUGGUGUAUACUGGGGAUGAAGACGGCAGAGUGGUAUGUUUCUAG